AUACUCCAAUACAAUGCAGUGGGUGGAAAGAUGAACAGAGGAUUAGCAGUUGGUUUGUCCUAUAAAUUACUUGCAAAGCCAGAAGAUAUAACUGCAGACAGCAUGAGGCGUGCUCACAUACUUGGCUGGUGCAUUGAACUGCUUCAGAGUUUCUUCCUGGUGGCUGAUGAUAUCAUUGAUGGCAGUGAAAUGCGGCGUGGAAGGCCUGCUUGGUACCGCAAAGAUGACCUUGGUCUGAGUGCCUUUAAUGAUGCUAUCCUUCUAGAGGCUGGGAUUUACAAACUCUUACAUCAGCAUUUCCGUGAUGAACCUUAUUAUGUUGAUGUUUUGGAGCUGUUCCAUGAGAUGACCUUGAAGACUGCAUUAGGUCAGUGUCUUGACCUGAUGUCAUGCCCAGCAGGUGGGAGACCUGUACUCAGUAAGUUCACAAUGGAACGUUAUGAUGCCAUUGUCAAAUACAAGACUGCAUAUUAUUCAUUUUACCUUCCUGUCGCUCUUGCAAUGUAUAUGGCUGGGAUACGAAAUACAGACACUGUGAGAGUGGCUGACAUCACAGAUCGAGAACUUCAUCGUCAAGCAAGAACAAUCCUGGUUGAAAUGGGACACUUUUUCCAAGUACAAGAUGAUUAUCUAGACUGCUUUGGUGAUCCAUCAGUCACAGGCAAGGUUGGAACAGAUAUAGCAGAGGGCAAGUGCACCUGGCUGUCUGUUGUAGCGCUUCAAAGAGCAACACCAGCACAGCGGGCUCUAAUGGAGCAACAUUAUGGCAAUCCAGAAGAGGAGAGUGUGAAUAAAGUUAGGGCACUUUACAAGGAACUGGGUUUACCUGCUACAUAUCGUGCAUAUGAAGAUUCCACUUCUUCCAUGAUUCGAGUUCAUAUUCAGCAGAUUUCACGUGGCCUCAAUCAUAAUGUAUUUUUCAAGUUCUUAGAUAAAAUCCAUAAGCGCUCAAGCUAGAGGGGUCAAGUACACCCUAUAAAUAUCCUGUAGUAUAUAUUCUCAUAUAUCCGUUUUUUUUGUUGAGACAACAAACAUUAAUUUGAUCUUUAUCAGAUUAUUUUAUGCAUUUGGAUCAAAGAAAAUCUGUAUGUAGGGAUUUUAGUGCAUUAUUUGAGGAACCAGCAUAGGUGUUGUACUAUACUAAGGAUAUUAUUCAAAGAACUGUUAUGCUUCAUCUUUUAUUAUGAUGAUGCAUCAGUGUAAUAAAAAUGAAUGUUUGUGUCUGUUCAUGCAAUAUGUAUAUAUAUUGUAUUAAGUGUGCAGUGAAAUUAGAAGUUAAUUUUUUUUCUUUGUAUUGUCAUCAAAGCUUUCUUAUUCUUGAGACACAAAAACUGCCUCCAUACUUCAAUUCUGCAAAAGAGCCAAUAAAAUGUACAUCAUAAAAUU